AUGUUAAAAUGUAUGCAUGUCAUCGCAUUCUGGUUAUUUCUCGAAGAGAUUGGUUACCCCAAUGUGGUACAGAAAUUGCUCGGGACACAUGAUGCAGUGGUUAACUUCGUACUUAAUGAGGGAAUUCACUGCCUUGACUGUCUCAAAUCUGUUACGCCACCUAUGCCAGUGGUUAACGUUUCCGACUUACCAUUAACCCAGGAGUUAAUGGGGAACAAGGCGAUAAGCUUAUCUUUGGCAUAUCAGUACAGGGAUAGUGCCCUAACUCGGGUAAAUCAGACUGUGAAUGAAGUGUUCGUCAGGGCGUUUGAUGAUAUAGUACGAGAUGUUUGGGCUCUUAAGAACUUUUGA